AUGGAGAAUCUAUUGGGUCUUCUCAGAAUUCACGUGAAGAGAGGUGUGAAUCUCGCCAUUAGAGAUAUCAAUAGCAGCGAUCCUUACGUCGUUGUUCACUCCGGAAAACAGAAGCUGAAGACCCGCGUGAUCAAAAGCAGUAUAAACCCUGAAUGGAACGACGACUUGACUCUCUCUGUGACUGAUCCAAAUCUCCCCAUCAAACUCACGGUUUACGACAAGGACUUGUUCUCUGCGGAUGAUAAGAUGGGAGAAGCAGAGUUUAGCAUCGCUCCAUAUCUUGAAGCAAUCAAAUUCCGUCUCAAGCUUGAAGGUGGACUUCCCAAUGGAACCAUCAUAAUGAAGAUUCAACCGAGCAGAACAAACUGUCUGUCUGAAGAGAGCCACAUUGUGUGGAACCAAGGCAAGCUUGUUCAGAACAUGUUCCUUAGACUCCAGCACGUGGAGUGUGGUGAGGUCGAGAUACAGCUCCAGUGGAUCGAUGUGCCCGGUGCAAGGGGUAUUUAG